AUGGGAAAUCUUUCGGCUUAAUGUUUUGCUGAAGAAACAUAAGAAAGUUAAGUUAUAUAGAAUAGAAUAAACUAGUAAAAAAGUGAUUAUGCUCAAAAUAUUUCUGUGUAGAAUAUCAAAAAAGAUUAAUUUUCAAGCCUGUUUUAAUAGGAUUAAUAAGAGGGUGAAGAAAUUAAGUAAACAAUAUAAGAAUGUUCUUUUUGCUUGAAUCAUUAUAAAUAGUUGAGGCAUUCAUAGAAUUUAGGAUUAUUACUUUAUCCUUAAAAUAGAAAGUUGUAUAUAAGUCAUUCUUGCCAAAUUAAUCAAUUGAAAGAAGCAAAUUUAUUUACUGAACCUUUGACCAUACUUUAAAAUGAUCCAAUAUCUUAAUAUACAUCAGAAUGGUUUUAAUUGGCAUUAUCAUUACCAAAAUAUAUAAGAACUAAGGAAUAUUUUGAAGGUCUUCCAGAAUAAGAAUAAUUUAAUUUCCUUAAUUCUACCUUAGAUGAACAUGACCUUUAUUCUCUAAUAUGUUUAAAAUGGUGUGUUGUUGAUUUUUUUAAAUAGAAACAUUCUCUAUUUCCAAAAAAUAUUUUUUUAGAAAAUUGUUGCACAGUAUUUUAUAAUAUUGCUCAUUUGUGUUAAUUUUAUAAUGAAUUAUUUUUAGAAAAUUAUAAGAAAGAUGAAUUUUCCCAUAAUAUCAAACUCUAUAUUAAGUUAUAUCAAUAAUAUUAAUAGUUGAUGAACACAUUUUAAAAUUAGUAUGAUUUAUAAUGUGAUUUAUUAUAAAUAAAAUAUGAGAGAUAAUUUAAUUGUCAAAAAGAUGAAUCUAAUUUCUAUCCUCAUUUUAAAUUAAUAGGAUUUAUGAUAAGAUUUUGGUGUUAAAUAACUUUAACAACAGAAGUUCAGAAUAUUUUAAAAGAAAGUUAUAGAAAUUUGAGCACUAUGAAUGAUAAGGAUUUAAUUUAAAGAUUUGUAAUUGCUGCUUUAGAUGUAAAUAUAGAUGAAUAUAAUGUUCAUUGGAUAGGUCAUCGUAAGAAUUUUAGAAUAGAAAAAACUUUAUUAGAUUUUAACAUUAUAGAAUAAAUAGUAUAAUAAGUAGAAUAAUAAUAAAUUAAUAAUGCAUAAUUCUACUAAUAAAUUGAUGAAAAAUUGGAAGAACUAAGAUUGUUGUAUCCAUUAUGGUUUUUUGAAGUAGAAUUUGAGUGUUUAGGAAUUUAACAUAAAAUAAUAAGAUUGGUUUAAGAUGCUAGGUCUUAGAAUUCAACUGAAUUAGCUAAACUUAAAAAAAUUGAUGAUAUAGAAAUAUCUGAGAAUUUAGGAAAUAAUUAAUUUGAAAUGAUAUUAAAUUCUGACAAUACAUUAAAAUAAGAGAAUUCUGAAGAUAAAGAAGUUGAAUUAAUGGCAUUUUAUUUAUAGGAGUCUAAUUUAAUGCCUAGAUCAAAAUUCAGACAAUCUUAUUCAAAUCAAUCAACUGUAACAUCAUUUGGUUUUAAAUAGAAAGGAUAUAAUUAUUCAACUUAGAGUAUUUUAAAAGUUAGUUAAGAAGCUCUAUAAAUAAGUAAAGAGAUAGGAAUUGAAUAUAAAUAGAAAUUAACUGAAUUUAAUGAUAGAUUAUAGAGAGUUGAAGAUAAUAUAAGUGCACGAGAGCACAUUUUAAAAGAAAGAGCCAAAAAAUUAAAAAUACCUACUGAUAUUAAUAUUGAUUGGCUUAAUUUUUUUAAAAAAACAGAUUUAAGUAAGAUUCCUGACAGCGAGGAAACUUUUAUGCAAAAAAUGCUGUAAAAAUUGUAAUCUUUUGAUUGAUAUAAAAAUG